AUGACAAAAUCUCACGACCCCCAGACCGGCCGCAUCAAGAAGCUGGUUAGCCGGCUGCUCCAUCACUCCAACCCUCAUGAUACGAGCCCAGACGACUCUGAUGCCGACAGCGGCAUCGCGACACCUAAAUGGCUGGGUUCUUACAAAGUACCGGCCUCGGCAAACUCCAGUUUCUCUGCCCCAAAGCCAUACGGCCGGGAUACGGGCAUCUCUCUCGACCUCUGGAAUUCAGCCUACAACUCCCUCCGUGAUGGUCUAAGCACAGCUGGCCUGGUGACUGUCUACGAGUCGAUCCUGUGCCAGGAACUGCCUCACGGCCAGUCCAUUGGCGGAAUCAACCAGUCUCUCCCACGAUCCGAUGACGACAGGUUAAGGACGUUAAUCACCAUCACCGAAGCGGGCCUCAAAAAAUGCCGGGCCAAAUCUCAGGCAGACGACCAGGCCAAAGCCUUGAUUCGGGCUUCCAGGAAGAUUAUCAAGUCUGUAUGGGCAGACUAUCCAUCCACCGCAGUGGCCUGGUCAGGCAUCUGCAUACUGACACCGCUUCUUCUCGGCGCGACAAUAGCAAUUGAAGACAUGAAGCGCGGUGCCCUGCACGUUCUCGGACGCAUCCCAUGGUACAUGCACCUGUCAGAACUCAUCAUGGCCAGCGCAUGGAAGAGCGACGCCGACUUUCUCGAGCAACGCGGCCGAACAAGAGACCGACUACUAAAACUAUACCGCAAGGUGCUCGAAUUCGAAAUGAAUUGCGUAUGCGCAGCGGCCAGCAGCUGGAACAAUGCCGCGAAGAAUGUCGUCGGGUGGCACAAGCUGGGCGCCAUGGUGCGCGAGAUUGAGGAGCUCGACGCCGAAAUCAGCAACCUGAUUGUGACCUACAUCGACAGGAGAGUGGCAGAGACGAUCCGGCGAUACAACGAGGAUCUGAAGCUGGAUGCAAAGGACGAGGGGCCGUGUCCGUUUGCCGAUGGAGCGAGUUCGAGUGCGCCCUUUCAGCUGGACUCGAGUCGUUCGGCAGACGCCAUGCCCGGGAUGAAGCCGUCGACGGUGAGGGUGUGA